AUGUGUCCAAGACAGGAACUUGUCAAGUGCCAUUUCACGGCCGCUAUAAAGUCACUUCACCUCGGCUUUGUAUUCAUACCCGGAAUACGGAAAUACGUCAUGGAAAGAUAUAGGUCGUACUCGCCAUCCAGUUUAACAAAUGCUUACUUAGCAGUGAAAGAUGAAAACUUACCUGUAUUAACAGCCGCCAAACGAUAUGGUAUUCCCCAAACUACACUCAGAGACAGGGUAGAUGGCAGAAUUCAUAUUGACUGUACUGUUAUGGGCAGAACACCAAUACUAACAUUAGAUGAAGAGGCCAAACUGGUACAGCAUUUGCAGGAUGUUGCGAAAUAUGGCUAUGGUUAUACCAGACAAGAAGUAGUAGAUAUUGUUUCAGACUAUGCGGCUGUUCUUCAAAAGAGGCCUCAAAACAAACCGCUUACAUUAAACUGGUUUAAUGGUUUUAUAAAAAGAUGCCCAGACAUGCGUGUAGUAAAGCCAAGGGCUUUAGAAUUUCAGAGAGCCAAAAGCGCGUCUGUGUUUAAAGUUGAGGCCUAUUUUGAUCAACUAGAAAAAGUCCUCACAAAAUACAAUCUGAAUGAUAAACCCCAUCUGAUUUUUAAUGUAGAUGAGAAAGGCAUUUCCCAAAACCAUACCCCUCCUUACAUUGUUGGGGGAAGAGACUAUUACCCACAGUUUGUCACCACUGGUAAAUCCAAGAUGACAACAAUCAUAGGAUGUGGUAGUGCCAGUGGCAUGGCCAUUCCACCAAACUUUGUAUUUGCGGGUGUACGACUCGUACCUGAUCUGAUGAAGAAUGCUAGCCCAUGUGCUUCUGGAGACAUGUCACAAACCGGCUGGUCAAACGCACAGAUAUUUGAAAAAUAUCUACAGCAACAUUUUAUUAAAUAUAUUCCUUGCAGAGAGCCUGGGCAACAUCUGCUAUUACUACUCGAUGGACAUAAAAGUCAUGUGUCCAUUGAUCUUGUUAAAUGGGCAAAAGAAAAUGAUAUCAUCAUUUUAAUUUUUCCUGCACACACAUCUCACAUACUGCAACCAAUGGACGUGGCGUGUUAUGGUCCACUGCAAAAUAUCUACAAUAACGAAUGUCAUAAACUGAUGAGAGAAACACCAGCAACGGUAACUCGAUAUGAUAUCUGUAGCUUGGCUUGUAAAUCAUAUUCAAAGGCACUGUCUGCAAAAAAUCUUCAGUCGGCAUUCCGGAAGACGGGAGUAUACCCACUUGAUCGGACGGCUAUCAACCAUGAGUUUCUUCAGCCAGCUGCUCUCUUCCAAAAUGAAAAUGAGGACACUGAAAUCAUGAAAAUCGGCGAUGUCCAAGAUGAAACCGAGGUCACCAUGAACAAUCAAAUUGGGGAUACUGAAGUCAUGAAAAUGGGUACCAGACGUUUCCGUCCCCAACCAGUUCGCCCCCAGUCAAUUCGCCCCAAGAAACAAAUAAAGAAGCGCAAAUCACUGAGUAAAAUUGUUGCAGGUAAAGCCAUUACCGAAAGCCCCACUGGACAAAAAAAUGUCUGA